CACCAUCGUCAUGUCCGUCGCCAAAAUGCAGAUCUCGGCGCCUCUAGAGGCUGGUCAAUCCCUGCUCGAUUCCAAACUUCUGCCGUCUCAUCUCAAUACAGCUCUGGAAUAUAUAUCAACGAAGCUCGUACAGAAACGUCUGCAUUUAUCCCUUAUCGUUGUUCGACGAGACGUUCAGGGGUCGUCUUCAGCCCCGUCCCCACGUACAGAACCAGCUAGUACACCGAGUCAAUCCGUGGCUACAUCGCCCGCCAAAUCAGUGUUUAGCAAGUCCACGAUUCAUAAGACGCUUCGCAGAGUUUCAAGCCUCUCUUCUCUCGGGUCACCGUCCGAAUGCUCGUCGCCGUCUUCGCCGUCGAUGAGUACCCCCGUCUCACCCACAGGUUCUACCUGCUCAUCAUCAGUGUCGGGAUGCCCUUCCCCAACUCUCCCUAACCCUUACGGCAUAUCCUUGAUCCAUGCUUGCGCUCUCACAGCCAAAGCGGAAAAGAUUCUUCGGCAUUAUGUUCAUAAGGCAGAGAAGAAAUACUCUAUUGGAACUGGCUGGCUCUCCUCCCACCCCCUCACAAGCCCCAUUCUCUGCUCCAGAACCAACGAUCUGAUCCGCCGCUCCCUCAACCAAAACAGCGUCGUCUUCUCUUCCGAAGGCCUCACCCUCUUCAGUCUAGACCAUGUCUACACCUUCAAAUGCCAACUACAUACCUACUCCCGCACGCUCGCCCAAAGCGACCUAACCUCCGCCAUCGAAGAGCUCCAACGUCUAGUCCUCGCGCAAAACGGCCGACGCAUCACCAAAGGCUACCUAAUGCGCGCCUACGAUUGGCUGGGCGUCAGCCUCGCCGCGCUGGUCGACGUGAACGAAGGGUACAAAGCCGUAUACGGCGGGGCGCAACGGCGCGGCGGCAUCGAGCUGCAGAGCGAGGAGCGCCGGAGCCCGCCGCCGCUGAAGACGAAUUUCCACCCCUGGGAGAUCCAGAUGCUGGAUGGCAUGCGCGAGAACCCGAUCGCGCGCCGCAAGCUCGUGCUGUGGAGUCCGGAGAGCGCAGGAGGGACGCCCGGUGCGGUUGUGGAUGUGGGGGAGAGUGCGAAGGGCAGGGAUAGGGAUGGGUUGGUGCGCGCGGAUGAGGAUCGCGGACCGCAUUAUAGAGGCCCUGCGACGCCGAAUACUUGGGAGGAUGUCACGCCUGUGACGAGGGGGGAGUGGCUCUGUCUGAUGGUUGGGGAGAGCUGGCGCGAGGCGCGGACCGUGCCGGUCAUUACGUGCUUUGAUUGAUCGCCACUCCUUCUGAUCCAUGAUUUCCUUUUGUCUUCUCUUGGUGAAAUGGGCUAGUGGACAGUUCCAGGGCUUCAGUUCUUCACACUUCUUCUGUAUAUAUUUUUUGGGAUGGAUUAUACGAGAGCAAGUGCUGCAAUCGGAUCCGGGCUUGGGUGUCAAUAGUUUCAGCGGUUUAUGACGGCGUAUGGAGAUGAAAAUUCUUGGGAUUUGGGAAUCAUUGGAUAGUACAGAUGAGAAUAGAAUAGAAGACGAUCGGAAAUAAACGUCGC